CCAUCGUUUCAUGAACUCAUAUAAGCAACGACAUAGACAACACAGUUACAGCUACUGUAAAUGCCGCCAGUGAUAAAACAACGUCCAACUCAUUUCCCACGAGGCUCAGAUCCUUACUAUGGCCAAUCCCAUUCCACCUAGUCUCGAAAACAAGACCCGCGACCUUCGAGGAUACCUGGAAACAAAAAGAUAUUCCGUCAUUGAUCCCACUGCCAUCGAUCACCAGGACGUAGCACACAUGCUCUGUUGCUGGGGGCGUGGCGACGAGCUCGAAACAAGCGUUGGCACAAUCAAACUCUCUCCAGUGGGCACCAAGCCUUCUCCAGCGGGCACCGAGCCUUCUCCAACUGGCACGUCGCUCUCCUCCUUACAAGCACCCUUUCCUCGGAAUGGAGUCAUUACCGUUCAAUCUGAAUAUCUCGAACUCGAAAGGCGCAUAAUGAACCAGUACGCUUCUGACUAUAAAAAUCGACGCAAUGAUAGACGCGGUGUCCUUGUUACUGGGAUGCCUGGGAUUGGCAAAUCAGUGUUUCUUAUCUAUCUUCUGGCUAAAACAUUAGCUCGCAAACAACCGGUAUUCCUCCAUAUCCAAUCUAAUACAUUUGUCUUUCUUGGACCUGAAGUGACAGAUGUGUACGCCGUCCCCGACUCUUCCGGCGUCUUGCGGUCUGUAUAUGUGUCCGACAUGCUUUUUCUGGUGGACAUGGAUUGGACUAGUGCAGAAAACCCCCUGUUCAUGAAAAAGCGGAAUAUGCUUUUCACGGUUGGGACGUCUUCCCCGAACCCACGAUUACAACGACUUAAGACUUGGCGAAAGGAAUUCCGAAUCACUUCUCUGGUGAUGAACCCACCCGAUGUUGCGGACGUUGUCAAAAUCUUCACCCAUGCGUACCCCAGGUCAGGGCUUACAGCGCCAAAAACGGAGAACUUUAUCCGCCUCUUGAUUCAAACCUUCAAUGUGGACCUCCGUCGCUUCGAAGAGAUCUUCUCUGAACUUCGGUUUCACUCAAACACCGCUGUUUUGUCCAAAGCGAGCCAGGAUUUCGUGGAUGAUGUCCGGGGUGCUCUUGACGACCUGAAAGCUGAAGACGUCGCUUCGCUGCUACGCGGUAGUUCAGACUAUCCCCAGUACUCCCAUCGGCUUAUUGCCUCAUACCGAAGGCGACCGCUCUUACCGCCGACUCAUUUACACCUUGAACCUAAUCACACUCUGCGACAUGAAGUCCGGUCUUCCUUGGUAGUGAACCUACUCUGCGAGGCCUGGACAAAGCAAGCCGACAAGAUGCGGACGAUUAUGGAGACGUUACUUAGCUCCAACAUGAAGAUGGCAGCAGCUCUCGGCUGGCUUUUCGAGGCCGAAGGACACACUCAUAUCGUCACCAACCAGUGCCUCAAGAUUUACCCGAUGACGGAGACAUGGGUUGGAACAAACAAAACCUAUCUGAGUCAAGCCGAGCAUGCCCAGUCCAUGGAGAUCGGUCCACGGGCCAUGACGCUCUAUGACUCUACCUCCGACCCUUCAACGACUUGCGAGCAGAACGCUUAUUAUGUCCCCAUCCAGGUCAAUAAUCCCCUCUUCGACUCUUUUCUCGCCGGCAAGGACUUUGGCGCUGCGUUUCAAAUGACCAGAUCAGGCACACACAGCUUCAAAACUACAUACCUCAAGCCGCUUCAAAAGCGGCUUGAGGCGAUCUGUGGCAAACCACCAUCUGGCUUUCAUUUUGUCUUUGUUGUCCAGAGGGGCAAGAAAAUCCAGAUCCGUAUACCAGAUACCGCUGUUACUCGGAUGUUCAGGUACUAUACACUACCCCUGGCCUCUCAGUCACUUGGACUUCAAAACCCUGAAGCAGUGUUGAAGGAGAAUGGCAUGGGUGGUAUGAUAGGUGAGGUGGAGCCUGAUGUUGAUGAAUAUGUCGAGGAUGGCGAAACAGUGGAUGAUGGGGACAUAAUCAUGGAUUGGAUAUGACCUCAAGAAGAUGAAUGUCUUCCUUUUCUUUUCUCCCAGACUUCCAUCCCCUAUAUCUCAAUUGAUCCGUAGUAAUCUGUAACUUCGACCAAGAGCAAAUAAGUUACGAGAAUGAAAAGAGAAAUGUCUAGUAUGA